CUUCCGGUGGCGGUGCUACUGAGGGAAGUCGGGGCUGGCUUCCGGGCGAGGCUCUUCUCAGGGAGCCCUUCUCGCUCCCACCGCCACCAUGAUGCCUGUCUUCAAGAGCAGCCGGCGCGACUUCACUUUCGGGCCUUGGAAACUGACGGCUGCCCGGACGCACAUUAUCAAGUCCUCCGAGGCCGAAAGGUUAGCUGAAGAACUACACAUGCCAUGUGUUCCAGAAAUGAUGUUUGGAGACAAUGUCUUAAGGAUUCAACAUGAAUCUCUCUUUGGAAUAGAGUUCAAUGCCACUGAUGCUUUAAGAUGUGUAAACAACUCUCAAGGGAUGGUUAAAGUUGCCUGUGCAGAUGAAUGGCAAGAAAGCAGGUCUGAGCCUGAGCACACAAAGGAGGUUUUGAAGCCAUAUGAUUGGACCUAUACAACGGACUACAAAGGGACUCUACUAGGUGAUACAUUAAAACUAAAGGUUUCUCCCACAACAGAACAUAUAGACACAGAAAAAUUAAAAGCUAGAGAACAGAUUAUGUUUUUUGAAGAAGUGUUACUGUUUGAAGAUGAACUUCAUGAUCAUGGAGUUUCAAGCCUGAGUGUAAAAAUAAGAGCAAUGCCUUCAAGCUUCUUCGUACUAUUGAGGUUUUUCUUGCGAGUUGAUGGUGUCCUUAUCAGAAUGAAUGAUACAAGGCUUUAUCAUGAGGCCAGCAAAUCAUACAUGUUGCGAGAAUAUACUUCCAGGGAAAGCAAAAUAUCAAGUUUAAAGCAUGUUCCUCCACCACUCUUCACGGAUCCUAAUGAGAUUGCUCAGUAUUUACCUGUCAAAGAGAGUAUUUCUGAGAAGCUGGAGUUUCCAGAAGAAGUUUGUCUUCAAAGUACAACAGCAUCAGAAGGCACUUAAGUGGAAUUUACAUGAUUAAUGGACUUGAAACAGACUUUUUGUGGAGACUAUAUACCUUUUGGCCAUUACAACUGAAGAUGUCACUACUUGCUGGAUACAGUCCAUUUGGAUGUCUGUCUAAUAUUUCUCGACCCUUGGUUGGAAGGAGUAGAGUCAAUUACAAAGUUUUACUUACAUUUCUAUUGUCUCUGUAUGUUUCAAAAUUACUUGAGUCUAAUGACAAAUGGAUUAAGAAUUGGAGUAACUAGCAAAGAAUGACCUUUCCACUAGGCAUUUGUACUUGAAGUAUGCAGCAUUUCAAUAACUUGUGGAAGAUUUUGGAAAAAUAGGAUUUGUUUAAAUGUAAACACUUUUUGUGAACUUUGUUUUAGCUUAGUCUUUUAUUGUAGAAGGACCUGAUUUCGUCUGAUGGAUGCUGAGCAUGCUUCCUCUCAAGCUCAAGUCUGCCUAACUUGUAGAAGAGUAAUUUAUGCUUGAUAAGAUUACAAAUCUCUAACAUAUCCUGGAUGUUUUAUCAAUCCAGUGAAAUGCUGUUUGUUUUCUUUAAAAAGCCACAAUUCUUUUACAUCCAAACAAUCUAAGGAAGUGAUGAGUAGUAAGUUUAACCAAGAAUUAAUAGCACAGUGGGAUCCUAUUCUACUAUUUGACAUGGUUCUAAAGUGGGAUAGUAACAAGGGGCCGCUCACUGAAAUAAUUUGCAUAGUAUCAACAGUAAUCUGAGAAAAUUACUUCUUAAAAAGGAGCUUCAGCUGAUUGUCAGAAUAGAGAAAUGUAUGUUACAUUUCCUGUGUAUAUAUAUAGUGGCAGUGACUGAACCUACUAAAUGUUAAUGGGUUACUGCAGGUAUGUAACACAUCUGAUUUUUAAUUACUGAUAUUUUAACAAAAUUGCUGCAGACAUAUUUGUGUUCUGACAGCCUCCAUCAAUUUCCCUAGCCCCCCUGGACAGCGAUGUAUUUUGCAAGGUGAAAAACUUGUGUUUCAUUUAGUCUUUAUUUCUGACAUGAAGCAAAUCAUAGUGUGGCAGUGUGAAUCUUUUUUCAGACAUUCAUUCUGAGAACUACUUUUUAUCUUUCUCUUCCCAUCCUGAAGUGAUCAUGAAAAGGAUUUUAGGUUAAUAUUAUGAAAGCAGCAAAACAUACAUUGCUUCAGUCUGUUAUGACAAUAAGUUCUCAGAAUAGAUAUCUUUCUUGCAAUCAAAUAUUUUUAAGCUGAUGUACCCUUUCUUAUCUAAGGAAAAGGUAAGCAACAAUAGAGCUGCUUUUUCUGUCUUCCUCGUUGCCUAUGGAAUGGCAAAUAGAUAAUUUCAUUCUGUGCUUUAGUCUCCCAUGCUUUUAAAAGGGACAAAUUUCAUAGAGAAUUCUGAGAUACACUACAGCCUUAUGUACAUUUAUUUAUUUACCAUUUAGAAAUAAUUUCCAUUAAAACACUAUUGGAGUAUGUUUGGAGCAAACAUACACAGGGCUGACCUGCUAGGUGUUAAAGAAUGUUAAGAGUAUGUUAAAGUUAACACCAAAGGAACAGUGGCAAGAUAGUCACUACUCAACAGACCUUUAUAAGGAAAGAGAGUGACUUGAUCAUUCAUUUGAAUGAUUCAACUUCACCUGAAAAUUGUUUCUCUAAAGAUUGAGUAUAUUUACUAAAUGAAGAACAUAUGUUUUGACACCAGAGCUUUUUGAGGAAGAACUUACCAAAACUAACAUUGGCCAAGAGCUUAUAUAUUUUUUACUGUAGCAUGAAGGUAUGCAAAUCUCACAUUUGUUCUGUACGUGCCAAGGCUUUGUUGUGCAAUAAUAGUUCCUCAGCAAUAAAAGUUGAGAGGACUAUGUUGCACUUGUAGAAUGACUGACUGCACCAGUAUUGCAUGCUGCCUCUCAGAAAGGGUUAACUGCAUGUGCAAACUCUUAUGUUUGUGUACUGUUUUCAAACAGUCCAGCCACUGUAUUUUUAGGAAUUAUUCAUUUGCUCAUAUACUGCAUCCAGUGUUGCCUAUGUUUUGUUAUUUAAUAAUUGCUGUUCAUAAGUCAAACCAGAUGAUUGUUCUUGACAUUAGAAGGGAAAAGACUAGGAUAGAAGAGGUGUUCAUUUCCAGGGUACUGUCUGAAAAAGAAAGACCCUGAAACUAAAAACAAGCAGCUCCUCUCAGUAUGAAGAAAUUGUAUUGUUUAGUGCUUUUAAAAAAAUUCCAAUAGUAAAAAAGUGACAAAAUAUUAA